UCUUCUUAGAGAGCGUAUAUAUCACUUCUAUCUUUGGAGCAAAACAUGGCUAACAUAAUUUCCUUCCUUGAAGUAGAUUACGCCGGUACUAACAGGGCCGCAAACACCCCCGGCGGUGUCCGUUUCAACCGAGAUAUCGGUGCCCAAUAUAGCAAGCAAACACUCGCAGCUGCUGCUUCUUUCAUAUGGAAAAUCUUCCAGCAGAACUCUCCAGCUGACCGCAAAAAUGUGCAAAAGGUAAGUAUGUUCGUCGAUGACAUGGGCGGAGUAGCUUACACUAGCAAUAAUGAGAUUCAUGUCAGUGCCAGGUACAUUCAAAGCUACUCUGGUAACGUCAAGAGAGAGAUCGCCGGAGUAUUAUUGCACGAGAGCACCCACGUUUGGCAGUGGAAUGGGAAUGGUGGGGCACCUAGUGGAUUAAUCGUAGGGAUUGCUGAUUAUGUGAGGCUCAAAGCUGGUCUUGCACCUAGCCACUGGGUGAAACCAGGCCAGGGCGACCGCUGGGACCAGGGCUACGGCGUGACUGCUCGAUUUCUUGAUUACUGCAACAGCCUGAGAAAUGGGUUCGUGGCACAACUUAACAAAAAGAUGAGAAAUGGCUAUAGUAAUCAGUUCUUUGUUGACCUGCUGGGGAAGACAGUUGAUCAACUUUGGAGGGAUUACAAAGCUAAAUUCCGCACAGCGAGCGAGUGAGUUGUCUAAUUAGACCCAAAAUUAGAAACAUCAUCUACUUUUACCAAUAAAAGGCUAUGUGUACCAUGGUCUUCUUGAAUGAUAAAAUUAAAGUUCUACUUUUACCAAUAAAAGGCUGUGUGCCAUGGUCUUCUUGAAUGAUAAAACUAAAAGUACAAUUAUACUGA